AUGGAGAUUACAAAACCACACGCGGCCAUGUUUGCUAGCCCGGGAAUGGGCCACGUCAUCCCGGCGAUCGAGCUCGGAAAACGCUUAGCUGGAUCCCAUGGCUUCUACGUCACCAUAUUCGUCCUUGAAGCCGACGCAGCCUCCGCUCAAUCUCAAUUCCUCAACUCACCUGGCUCCGACAAGACCCUCGUUGACGUCAUCGGCCUCCCGUCUCCGGAUAUCUCCGGUUUAGUGGACCCAUCAGCCAACUUCGGGACCAAGAUCAUGGCCAUGAUGCGUGAGACCGUUCCCACACUCCGGUCAAAGAUCGCUGAGAUGCAGCACAAACCAACGGCUCUUAUCGUAGACUUCCUCGGCUUGGAGGCGUUACGGCUCGGUGGCGAGUUCAACAUGUUGACUUACCUCUUCAUCGCUUCAAACGCGCGAUUUGUCGCGUUGAUGGUGUAUUUCCCGACGCUGGACAAAGACGACGAAGAAGAGCACAUAAUCAAGAAGCAACCUUUAGCUAUACCGGGAUGUGAACCGGUUCGGUUUGAGGAUACUUUUGAAAUAUUCCUUGAUCCGUCGAGCCGGAUGUACCAGGAAUCCGUUCCACUCGGUUUAGUAUACCCGACGUUUAAUGGCAUUAUUGUGAAUACAUGGGGUGAUAUGGAGCCCAAAACUUUGAAAUCUCUUCAAGACCCAAAUCUCUUGGGCCGGAUCGCUCGUGCACCGAUUUAUCCAAUUGGUCCUUUGUGCAGACCAGUUGAUCCAUCGAAAACCAAUCAUCCGGUUUUAAAUUGGUUAAACAAACAACCGGACGAGUCUGUGCUUUACAUCUCAUUCGGAAGCGGCGGCUCUCUCGCGGCUAAGCAGCUAACCGAAUUGGCUUGGGGGCUCGAGCUAAGCCAGCAACGGUUUGUUUGGGUGGUCCGUCCUCCGGUAGACGGUUCGGCUUGCAGCGAGUACAUAUCGGUUAACAGCGGCGAAAUACGAGACGGUACGCCGGAUUAUCUACCGAAAGAAUUCGUAAACCGGACUCAAGAAAGAGGCCUCGUGGUCCCUUCAUGGGCCCCCCAAGCCGAGAUCCUGGCCCACCAAGCCGUUGGUGGGUUUUUGACUCACUGCGGGUGGAACUCGAUUCUGGAGAGCGUUGUUAGCGGCGUUCCGAUGAUUGCUUGGCCGCUUUUCGCGGAUCAGAUGACCAACGCGACGCUGCUCAACGAGGAGCUCGGAAUCGCCGUCCGAUCAAAAAAAUUGCCAUCGGAGGGAGUGAUUCUGAGGGUGGAGAUCGAGGCGCUGAUGAGAAGUAUUAUGGUGGAGGAGGAAGGUUAUGAGAUGAGAAAGAAGGUGAAGAAGCUGAGGGAUACGGCGGAGAAAUCGUUGAGUUGCGACGGUGGAUCGCUGUGGAGAGUCGCCGAGGAAUGCCAACGUCUUUUGGAGCCUGUUAUUAAAGUCACGGCACGUGAUGCCUAG